ACGUCAGCGCCGUGCGCCGCGCCGGCCGUUGCUUUACGGUUGCUGGGAGAAGGUGGAAGGGGGAGCGUGUUGGGGGUCGAGACCAUGCCUGACGCUGGGGAGUCCCGCGGGCAGCAGAGACCUCCGGGGUCGGGAUGAAAGAAACAGAGCAGAUGCAAAAUCUGGAGAGCGCGGGGGCUGGGCGGUCAGUGAGCACGCAGACUGGCAGUAUGACGGGUCAAAUACCAAGACUUUCUAAAGUUAACCUUUUCACUCUGCUCAGUCUCUGGAUGGAACUCUUCCCAUCUAUGGAGAAAAAGCAAAAAUUACAGAGAAUGGAAGAGGAGAAACGUGGACCCUUGGGAGAUAAUACAGAUGUGGCCAGAGUACCUAUUGACAAAAAACAGGUGAAGAAAACUGGUCUUGUGGUGGUGAAAAACAUGAAAAUUGUUGGUCUCCAUUGUUCUAGUGAAGAUUUACAUGCUGGGCAAAUUGCUCUUAUUAGACAUGGGUCAAAGAUGAAAAACUGUGAUCUUUAUUUUUCCAGAAAGCCAUGUUCAGCUUGUUUGAAAAUGAUUGUAAAUGCUGGAGUGAACCGAAUUUCCUACUGGCCUGCUGAUCCAGAAAUAAGCUUGCUUACGGAAGCUUCCAAUCCAAUGAGUACUGGAGAUGCAAAACUAGAUGCCAAAGCAGUGGAAAGACUGAAGUCAAACAGUCGGGCCCAUGUGUGUGUCUUGCUUCAACCUUUGGUGUGUUAUAUGGUGCAGUUUGUAGAGGAAACCUCCUACAAAUGUGAUUUUAUUCAAAGAAUUGCAAAAACACAGCCUGGCUUUAACUCUGACUUUUAUUUUGAAUGUAAACAAGAAAGAAUAAAGGAAUAUGAAAUGUUAUUUCUGGUUUCAAAUGAAGAAAUGCAUAAGCAAAUAUUGAUGACUAUAGGCUUGGAGAACCUGUGUGAAAAUCCAUACUUUAGCAAUCUAAGGCAAAACAUGAAAGACCUUAUUCUACUUUUGGCCACAGUAGCUUCCAGUGUGCCCAACUUUAAACACUUCGGAUUUUAUUGUAGCAAUCCAGAGCAGAUUAAUGAAAUUCACAAUCAAAGCUUACCACAAGAAAUUGCAAGGCACUGCAUGGUACAGGCCAGGUUAUUGGCCUACCGGACCGAGGAUCACAAAACAGGAGUUGGAGCUGUGAUUUGGGCAGAAGGGAAAUCUAAAACCUGUGAUGGAACAGGGGCCAUGUAUUUCAUAGGAUGUGGUUAUAAUGCCUUUCCUGUUGGAUCUGAAUAUGCUGAUUUCCCACACAUGGAUGAUAAACAGAAAGAUCGAGAGAUAAGAAAGUUCAGAUACAUUAUCCAUGCUGAACAGAAUGCCUUGACAUUUAGGUGUCAAGAAAUAAAGCCAGAAGAAAGAAGUAUGAUUUUUGUGACUAAGUGCCCAUGUGAUGAGUGUGUACCUUUAAUUAAAGGUGCAGGCAUUAAACAAAUCUAUGCUGGAGAUGUAGAUGUUGGAAAAAAGAAGGCAGACAUCUCUUACAUGAGGUUUGGGGAACUUGAGGGUGUUAGCAAAUUUACAUGGCAACUGAAUCCAACAGAAGCUCAUAUUCUGGGACUAAAUGAGUCUGAAACGAUAGAGAAUGGUAUCUUGAGACCUAAGUUAAUGGAGGAAGAACGUCACCAAAACAAGAAGUUGUGUCUUGGAAACCACUAAAUGAAAAGAAAGUCCUGUCUGAAUCAGAGAGGAAGCCAAGAGGAUUUUUACUGCACUUUUAAAAUUCAUCCUUGUUGCCUCUGCAAAUUAGGAUGGAGUUUAGGAAAUAAUUGACAAGUAUUUUUAAGAAAGUUAAUUUAUUACUGAAAUGUGAAUAAUGUUAAUGAGAAUAUUUUCAUUUUAGAUUUCCUUGUGUGUUUUCUAGGGUACAUUUUUUUUUUAUUACACUAAAUGAGGUAUCAACAAUGAAUAAGACUUGGUUGGCUGAUUUCUGUUGAUCUAGAGUUUAGAUCAGUUUUUUAUCCUGGGAAAGUAUUCAUUCAGACCAUGAGAUUGUUGAGUAGUUAGCUGCCAUAAAGAAAUGACUGGCAACCUCAUGAUCUGGAAAAGUCAGUGCACUCCCUAAAGACCAGGGUUUAUUAAUCACUAGUAUCUGCUCUAUUUCAAUUGAUUCUUAGAAAAGUAAGGUAAUUUCUGAUAGACCAUGAUCUCCAUUUUGAAAGCUAGUUUCUAAAAUGAUCAUUAAUCCCAAAUCCUUUGAUAAAAUACAAGUCAAAUUGAAUUAUCACUGAAUUAUGGUGGCAGCAGGAAGAAAAUAUUCUGUGAUGACAUUCUUGUUCAUUGGCAUUAUCUCUUAAAAAGACACCCAAAUUGAAAAUAUUCCUUAAAUUGGAGGAUAAUUUUAACAAUAAAAUAUUUUAGUGUGGUAAAUUCUGAUGCGCACUUUAGAAUUACUUUCCUGUUCUUUAUUGUUCCUUAUAAGUGUUGUUGAAAAUCUCAUUGCUUUAAAGUGAAAAAAUGAAGAAAUUGGAAGAAAAAAAAACACUCACUGCCUUGAAAAUGCUAGAACACUCUUAAAAGCAAACACUAAAUGGAGUUGUAAGUUCCAUUUCUAACUGCUCUUUAUUUGUGGGAGAAUUCCUAGAAAAUUUCCUUUUGGGAUAGAGAAUCAGUAGUCCUAACCCAAACAUGAAUUAUAGUGGGAUGGACUGGUCUCUUUUCUGCAUUUUUCUAAGGGUGAGGAGGGACAUCCAUUGGCUGUUUUAAAAGCUGUCUUGUGCCCUCCCAAGUUGCUCCUCUUACUUUCUUUUCCUUUCCUUACAUAGUAGCAUAUAACUUUAAGGGGCCUGCCCUUCCACAUGCCCACUUUUCAGCUAAUCUCUGCUAAUAUAUUACAUAUAUUCAGAAUAAUAUAUUCAGGCAAAUACAGAGAUGAAGAAGAAAGGGGAUGUUGGGGAGGAAACAAAGCAUACGCACACAAAACAACAUUAAACCAGUUAUCCAGACAACCUUUCAAGAGGAACUUUAAAAACAAACAAACACCUAAGCUCCUUUCUGAGCAAGAUUCAUACAUACCAAAUGUUGAAUGUAUACAAAACAGCUGAAACACGUUCAAUGUGUAUUUUUCAUUGGUAUCUCUAUUCCGAGUGGACUGGAGUUAUCUUGUGGUAGUGGAUCUUCCAGCAGAUAUAAACUCAGCCAGCCUUUAUAGAUUGAAUAUGGAUUUGUGUGUCCAAAUUUAACACAGGGUUCAGGUGGAAAAACUUGUGGUAAAAGCUCCAAGCGAGAUUUCUUUAGAAUAUUACUUAGAAAAGGCUAAUUGAUUACUAUAGCACAAUGCAUACCUCCAUGGUGUUUGCUCUCACUGUUAUUUGGUUUAGCCUGCAGUUUAAGGAGGUACUUCUACUAGUGCCUUAAAAGGUUCGUACUUUGCUUUCUCUGUCUGGUAGAUUUUCAGGUUCAAUAUUACUUUCUUAUACAUUAUUUUGUCCAGAAACAAAGUUUUUAUAGAAAAUUAAUUAUUUGAUAAAUUUAUUUCAUUGAUAGCUUUAAGCAAACUUUUAAAAAAUAAACAAGACUGAACUAGGCUAUGUUCCAAUUGGUAAUAGAACCUUAACCAUGCAGCUUUGUGUGCAGCAGCAGUGGAGAUUUACAUAGCCAAAAAACUAGGCAGGAGCUUUUCUUCUCUGCAACAGAAUUGCAACAACAGGAAAUGAGAUUUCUUCUUUAUUCUUUUAAAUCUACUGUUUUCCCUAAUGACUAAAAUGAGGAUGGAUAAUAAUUGAGAAUCUCUUCCUGUUGGCUCCUUCCCCCCACCUCUCAGCCAAAUGCCAAAGGCCCAGGUUGCUUACAUCUUUUAUACCAUGUUGACACUUUAGCUAAUUGGAUUAUGGACAUAAUUUCAUUGUAGCUCCUCUGGAGCUUUUGCCUUGGUCUGGGAGCUGUCUUUCUCACAUGCUUUUCUGAGCUGGAGCAUAUAAGAUGUAUCUGUUGACUUUUCUUGUUUCAUACUGAGAAUAGGUUGCUAGUAGAGAUGGUCUGUGCUAUGCCUUUCUGUACCAGUAUCUCUGAAGCCGUUUGGUACCCAGGCAAAAAAGGCCUGGUUCUCAAGUCAGAGGACUUGGAUUCAGAUCCUACCUCUCACGCUUCUUAUAUAACUCUGAACAAAUCACUUAAACUCUCUGGGCCCUAGUUCUCUCUCUGUCUCUGUCUGCCUCCUCCUGUUCUCUUUCCCCUCUUUUCUCUCUGUCUCUGUCUAUCCAUUUAUCCAUCCACCCACCCAUCCAUCCAUCUAUCUGUCUAUCUGCCUAUCCAAGUCCAAAGUCCCUUCUAGUGCUAGAAGGCAUUACAUGGGAUAGUUGGAGCAUUCUUACAUUGAGUUGAAGCUGUUAAUGAAAACUUCUGUAGCUUCUUUUGAGUCAUUACCAAGCACACAAGGAACAGUGAAUUUUUUUUAACUGGUUCUCAUUCAGAAGGUUAAUCUCUAACUUCAGGAGCCACAUUUUAUGUCUUCCUUUUGUAUCACCUUUCAAAUGAAAGACUUUGCUUCCUGUCUCUAGAGCUGCUCAUCUUCAGAGAAUUGUCAUGAGCCAGACUCCCAACCAAAGGAUGACAGGUUGGGACAAUAUUCUUUUAUUGAGGAGCAGUUUUCCUUCCUAGUUUUCAUCUCUGAAGGUUCCCAGGCCUAUAAUUUUACUUGGAAAAUAGUCAGUUCCAUAGUAUGAUGUAGUUGUCCUGUUUUCAGUACAUAAUGAUACUCUUGCUAGCUUGAGUAUUUUUCAGACCACGAUUCUCUGACUUCUCUGGAAUGUCUCCUCAGUUAAGUUGUCAGGCAUGACUUAGGCAAUGACAUGUAUCCAAAAGACCUCAGGGGUAGGAUGAGGCACAGGGUCACAGCCUACUUGAGCCCCCUACAAGGGAGAGUUCAGGAAUUAAAUUUUUCCAGAGAACAUUUGGCCUUCUUUACAUUUGUUGCCAGCCCAUUGAGUUUUUUCCCCUAAAUUUUAUUUUAAAAAGUAAAAAAGUUAUGAUUAACAUUGGAUGACUCUAAAAUGCCAAAGGAAUUUGUAUGUGAAUUCUUGAAAUAAGUUUAUAAAUUUGUUCAAUGACUUUCUGCAUUUUUCACUUAUAUACUUUUUUUUAACCCUUACCUUCCUUCUUAGAAUUGAUAUCCCAUCUCUAGGCCUUUUUCUCAAUCCACUGAGCUACCCAGCUGCCCCCGCCCCGUAUGUGAAUUUUAAAAAGGUUUGUUGUCCUUUUUUUUUUUUAAUUUGCCCAGAGUUCAUGUGAAUGUACUUAAAUUUCUACUUUUCCCACUUUGUAAUAAGUCAUCAUUUUUUGUGCCCUUCUUGCAUGUUUAAAAAGGACAAAAACUCUUAGCUUCUGUUUUUGAAUCAAUACUAUUUAUUGAUUCCAAGGCAGAAGAACAGUAAAGGCUAGGUAAUUAGGAUUAAAUGACUAUCUAGGGUCUAGAAUGUACAUAUAUGAGGUCAUAUUUGAACCCAGGACCUCACAUCUCCAGACCUGUAUCCUUGUCCACUGAACCACUUAUCUGCUUCUCUUCUUGCAUUUUUUAAAUUUUUAUUUAGUCAAUUUAGAACAUUCCUUGGUUACAAGGAUCAUAUUCUAUCCCUCCCUCCCCUAACCCCACCCUUUCCUGUAGCUGACCCGAAAUUCCACUGGGUUUUACAUGUGUCCUUGAUCAGAACCUAUUUCCAUGUUGCUGAUGUUUGCACUGGGAUGUUCAUUUAGUGUCUACAUGCCCAAUCAUAUCCCCCUCGACCCGUGUGAUCAAGCAGUUGUUUUUCUUCAGUGUUUCUACUCCCACAGUUCUUCCUCAGAAUGUGGAUAGUGUUCUUUCUCAUAGAUCCCUCCGGGUUGUUCAGCAUCACUGUAUUGCCACUAAUGGAGACGUCCAUUACGUUCGAUUAUACCACAGUGUAUUAGUCUCUGUGUACAAUGUUCUCCUGGCUCUGCUCCUUUCACUCUGUAUCACUUCCUGGAGGUUGUUCCAGUUCACAUGGAAUUCCUCCACUUUAUUAUUCCUUUGAGCACAAUAGUAUUCCAUCACCAACAUAUACCACAAUUUGUUCAGCCAUUCCCCAAUUGAAGGGCAUCCCCUCGUUUUCCAGUUUUUGGCCACCACAAAGAGCACAGCUAUGAAUAUUCUUGUACAAGUCUUUUUCCUUAUUAUCUCUUUGGGGUACAAACCCAGCAGUGCUAUGGCUGGAUCAAAGGGCAGACAGUCUUUUAGCACCCUUUGGGCAUAGUUCCAAAUUGCCCUCCAGAAUGGUUGGAUCAAUUCACAACUCCACCAGCACUUUGCCACAUCCCCUCCAGCAUUCAUUACUUUCCUUUGCUGUCAUGUUAGCCAAUCUGUCAGGUGUGAGGUGAUACCUCAGAUUCUUGCAUGUUUUUUUGGAACAACAGUAUUGUUACAUAGAGAUAGAUUCAUUUAGUUUCACCCCAAUAAUUGCUAGUGACGGGUUAUUUUGGGGGUAGGGUGGGGGUUGGCCAAACUAUUUAACGUGAAUUGGCCACAGACUGCUUCUGAUUCUAAUCCUUAUACACAAUAGAUAUUUAAUAAAUGUUUUUUGAAGAUAUUGGCAAAGUCCUACAUUUUAAUUUUCAUAUAAUUUUUAUUUCAAAUGGGGAUCCCCUCCCCCAUAAUCCUAAAAGAAACAAACUACCAAACUUUUAUCUAGGCAGCCGUUCUACUAUAUUUAUGUCCUCUAGUGGUGAUGAAAUCAUGAACAUUUACUAAACUGAAGUAGCCUUUUUUUUUUAAACCCUUACCUUCCGUCUUGGAGUCAAUACUGUGUAUUGGCUCCAAGGCAGAAGAGUGGUAAGGGCUAGGCAAUGGGGGUCAAGUGACUUGCCCAGGGUCACACAGCUAGGAAGUGUCUGAGGCCAGAUUUGAACCUAGGACCUCCUGUCUCUAGGCCUGGUUCUCAAUCCACUGAGCUACCCAGCUGCCCCAUGAAGUAGCCUUUUUUAAAAAAAGUGAAUAUUUGGAAUGAGUUUAUAACAGAGUGACUAACUCUAGUUCCUUCUCUUUAGAGUUGUGGCUUAAAAAUUUUUUUUUUAAUUGGGGUGUUUCCCUACAGUGUAGAUUUGUGUAUGUGUGUGUAUGAUUGAGUGUGUGUUUGUGUGGAGAGGUGGAUUAGAUCACUAUUGCUACUAGAAUUAGUUUAAUUCUUUAGCAAUGCUCCAAAGUAUUGACACUGAUCAUUUACUAGGUUUGACUGAAAAACAGCUUAUGUUGAGGUGGUUUUACUUAUGGGUAUCUUUGACUAGAUCAUAAAAUGCCAAGAGAAAAAGAGCAAAGUCUCCCUUUAUGCUGAGUCUUGUGUAGAAAGAAUGGAAUUAUUUUCUGAAGAUUCAGUCCAGUCUAAUUAUCAUUGUCAAGGGAAAUAAUGUCACUGUUUAUGUAAAAACAUGUCCUUUUGUUCUUGAUUUUUCUUCCCAGUUUAUAUAAGGAAAAAGAAUUUCAGUUUCUAUUUGUAUUUAAAAGGAUAUCCAUCUUUGUCAGUCUUGUGGUCAGAGUGGUUAGUAAAAGAUUUAGAGUUGUAGUCUCCAUUGCAGUGUUCUGCUAAUAAAUUAUUAUUUUGAGGUCUCAA